AUGAACUCCAAGACACUCAUUAGCGUGCUGGCUUGUCUCAGCGUCGGUGUUUCUGCUGGACCUUGCAAGCCAGUUACAUCUCAUGCUACCCAGGUUACCUCCGCAACGACCGAACUUUCUACGUCGAUUGAUGUGUCCACCACCAUUUCUGCAUCCGAAGCCGCUUCUACCACUGAGCUGAGCUCUCAGACAACUGAGGCCUCUACUACUGAAGAGUCUACUACUGAGAUCGCAACGACGACUACCGUUGCUGAUACCACCACCGAGGAAGCAACAACAACCACCGGUGCAGCGCAAUGCCCUACCCCCUCGGCUUGCAACAACCUCGGCUUUGACUGGGCAUACUACAGCAACCCUGCCCAAAACACCGACACGACCUACUCCAGCUUCGUGCCCCAAUCCUUCAAACAGACCAAUCCCCUUUACUUCAGCACGACCCGCCAGAUCGGCGGCCUCUUCCAGCCCAGCAGCGGCGCUCAGUCAGCUCCAAUCUACGGCUCUACAACCGAUCUCGCUCUCGAUUACUUCGCCCUUAACCACCACGGUUAUCUCUACAGUUGCGAUGCUGGUACCUACAAGUUUGACAUUCCCUACGCCAACGACGCAGUGUACCUGUGGAUUGGCGCAAAGGCUUACGCUGGUUGGAACUCUGGUAAUGCCGAUGCCAAGGCUCUGUACAAUCAGCCUGAUCACAUUGCUGGCAGCGCACAUUUUGAAGUCGACAUUCCCGCUGGUGUAUAUAUUCCUAUCCGAUUCGUGUAUGGUCAGGCUCAGUAUGGCGGUGGCUUCACCUUCUCCGUCACAGCUCCCAAUGGACAAAUUCUCGUCAGCAAUGACGUUACUGCCAGCCCAUACAUUGUGCAAUACUCUUGCGAUGGCGUUACUGCACCCCAAUAUCCACCUUUUGGCCAGGAGAUUUAG